UAAAAAAUAAAAACUCAUUCGGGUUUCCUAUUCAAAAUGAAAAAUUCCGAGAAAACGAUUUCCCAUUUCAUCACUCGUUUGUAUGAAUUUUGAGUUUCUCUUUGAAUCUUGAAACCGCUCUCCAGAUUUUUCCCUCCCAAUUUGUUUCUCCCUCUGGAAUCAGCCACAAAUUCUUAUAUUACGACUGGAGAAAAAGCUUCGUGACGAAGAAAUCGAAGCUGAAUCAGAAGAAUUUUUUCAAUUUUGAAAUCGUUAUCGUAGCUGCAUUAAAGGCUGUUUGACGAAUAAGAUUUAUCAUUCGACGAAUUUUCGUCUCACGCAUCCAAUUACCUGAGGUUUCUUCUUCCUCUAAUCGAUCUUUGUUUGAAGAUCCGGUUCCGAAAUUAUUGGUAUAAUUCUGUUCCCUAAAUUUUUAAUUUGGUGGUUAAUCGGUAUUGGAAUUCGACGAUGUACUAUUCGCAUCCACCGCCGAUGUUGGUGAACUGCUCCGGCUGCCGGACUCCUCUCCAGCUACCGCCGGGAGCUCCGUCGAUUCGGUGCGCUAUAUGUAAGGCUGUGACACAGGUUAUGGACCCACGUGCCGUCCCUCCGCCGUCGCCUUCUCAAGCGGCCUCGCCGGCUCCGGCUCCGGCUCCAUCGCCCUACAACCAUGCGCCACCAGGAGCUCCAGCUCACCCGCAUGGCCGUAAAAGGGCUGUGAUCUGUGGGGUUUCUUACAGGUACUCGAGACAUGAACUCAAGGGCUGCCUUAACGAUGCUAAGUGUAUGCGUUAUCUUUUGAUCAAUAAAUUCCGUUUUCCAGAAGACUCUAUCCUCAUGCUUACAGAAGAAGAAACUGAUCCAUACAGAAUUCCCUACAAGAACAACAUUAGAAUGGCGUUGUUUUGGCUAGUACAAGGUUGUCAACCAGGUGACUCCUUGGUAUUCCAUUAUUCUGGCCACGGUUCUCACCAAAGGAACUAUAAUGGUGAUGAAGUAGAUGGAUAUGAUGAAACCCUUUGCCCUCUGGACUUUGAAACUCAGGGAAUGAUCGUUGAUGAUGAAAUUAAUGCGGCAAUUGUUAGGCCUCUUCCUCAAGGUGUAAAGCUUCAUGCAUUCAUAGAUGCGUGCCAUAGUGGCACCGUAUUAGAUUUGCCAUUUCUAUGCAGAAUGGGCAGGAGUGGACAAUACAUGUGGGAGGACCACCGCCCUCGAUCUGGAGUAUGGAAAGGAACUAGUGGUGGAGAAGCUAUUUCUUUCAGUGGCUGUGAUGAUAACGAAACCUCUGCUGAUACAUCUGCUCUAUCAAAGAUAACAUCAACAGGUGCCAUGACUUUCUGCUUUAUCCAAGCAAUUGAGCGGGGACAUGGAACUACAUACGGAAGCAUACUGAACUCGAUGCGAAAUGCUAUAAGAAAUGCCGGUGGUAGUGGUGACAUUGGUGGUGGUGCUAUGACAUCUUUAGUCACCAUGCUUUUGAGCGGAGGGAGCGCGCUCGGUGGGCUGAGACAGGAGCCACAAUUAACAGCGUGUCAGCCAUUCGAUGUUUAUACAAAACCCUUCUCACUGUGAUUUCCUUUUUCUUGAUCGAUCUAUAGAAGAGAGGUGAUGGUUGAAGACAUAGAGUAAGGUUAUGCCUUUAUUGGCCUAUUUCUAUAUUUGAUUGAAAUUACUUAGUUCAAAUGAUAUAUUGUAAGGGGGGAAAUUAAGGCAAUUUGAAAAUGCAGAAUGUAGUGUAUAUGGAUUGAUGAUAUUAUAGUACUACUACUACAUGUUCAAAGAUUCUAUUCCAUUAGUUAUUGUUCAA